AUGGGACAGACCUCUUCUACACAAAGGAAUCAACGCCACACGACUCCCUCAGAUCAAUCCACCUUCCUCCGCACCGACCGUGACCGACUAAAUCUCAAUGAAGACAUGAAUAAUCACAGGCCGAACUCUGAUCAGGCCGAGGACAUCGCGCUCCCAUCAGGAGCAGAACCAAAUGGCGGCAUCUUCCAUACUUCUCAUUCAGCUCAAGACAAUCCAGAACCGGCGACAUGGCACGGAACGGGUACAACUGCUGAGCAGCCUCAGUUGACAAGGAUGGAGAGUAUACACGAGGAAGAUGGUUCUCGGCACGAACCGGAUCAGCAAGAGUAUCGCUCUGCGAUACUUGCGCGAAUGGCCGCUCGACGUCAGUCUACAAUGUCGAGAUUAGGUUCCCGGAUUCUACCGAACUCAGUUAUUCGUGGCCUUCUUAAUAGUGAAGAGGAGACCCCGGCAGAGGGACAGGCUCACAGACAUGGAAUUGUUGCAAGAUCAGUCCCGAGAUCGGAGUCUCAUAGCAGCAGUCGCUUCAGUCCUUUCAGCUCGCUCAGCUCGAGAAGCAUCCCCAGGCGGCGAUUGAUCAGAGUACCCUAUUUUAUUCCACGCAGUGAUCCGUCCUUGACUCCUGAUAUGCCCACCGGUUCGGCAUAMUUAGACUCAUCAUCGGAACAAGCCCCACAACCUGCCAGAGGAUCCUGGCGUCGCAGUGCCCGACUGAACCGAGUUCGCAAUUCAUUAUCGGCGCCCAUCACGCAGAUGUUUGGCCACCCGUCCAGCGCAGAUUCUGAGAUGACAGAGCACCCACAUUUGCGGGAGGGCCUGCGUGACCAUCCCGACAUUCGUCUGCCACCACUGAGUGCCAUGGACACUAGCAUGGAUUUCGAUCACGCUCAUGAACUCGAUUCUGUAGAACCUGCAGCGGGUGGCAAUCUGCCAAUGCCGCCACUCUUCUCACAGUCCAGUCAAAACGCUUCAGCUUCACGUCAAUUACCGGGACCUUUACGUGCAAGAUCCUCCAGAGUUCUUCGGCGUGACGAGCACACACCUCUUUCACGGGUUCUACAAUUGGCUGCGGCUGCGAUUGCUGCCCAGCUCUCUGGCGCGGCGGGCCCAGUACUGCCCAACAUCCAGUCUUUGGGCAAUGAUGGCCUAGAGGGGUCGCUGGAAAACUUUAUCCAAAGUCUACAGCAUGCCACAUCAGCACAGACAGCCUCGAGUGACAACGCAAGUGCUUCAGGAGAGAACAGCCCUCCCCAGCCCGUUAAUUUUCUACGAGUUUUCAGAUUUGCCAACUCAGACAAUCCAAGUCCUACGGUUUCUUCAAAUCACUCGGCUACGGAACCAGAAUCUGCCGGUAGUCGUGGCGAUGGCAUGGACGUUGACAAUCCCGCCGGGGAUAACGAGGGCCGCACCGUCACCUUGGUAGUUGUGGGCGUUCGAUCUGUUCCCACAGGCAGUGGGCCGUUUGGCGAUCAACAGUCGAAUGCUGGGCCAGGCUUGGACGCAUUGUUGCGGCUACCAUUCCUAGCGCCAGGGAACCCACCACGAGGUCAGGACAACGGUCCCGCAGUUCCUCUUGCUGAUAAUCGGGCACGAUUCGUACCUAAUCGACAACAACUCGGCGCCCCUAGCCCUUUGUCGACGAACAUUGAAACCUCACCCCAGGGCCUUCGAAGCGCGCGAAGAUUUUCUGACGCUGGAACUCGCGUUCCGUUCCCGUCACUUCCUUCGACUCUCUCGGAGAGUCCUCCGGGUCCCCAUCCGCCUCCAUCGACACCUGCUGAGCCAGGCUUAUCUGCGGUAUCUUCAGGCGCAUCAACACCCAAUCGGAGACUGUCCUCUGCCUCGGCAUUGCCUUCAAACCCCUUGCCUCAAGUUGAUGAGCAUCCGUUGAUGCAACCGUCAGUUGAGCCUGCGCCUGAAUCCACUGCAGAGAGGAUCCCGUUCCAGGCGUCACAUCAACGGCGGCGCAGUGAUUCUGAGUAUGCUCGUCAUCGUGAGCUAGGCUCUGGCGCUGUUCGACGCAAUGGUGUUGUGGAACCUGACACUCCCGCUCCUGCGGGCAGAAGCUGGCUGAUUUAUGUCGUGGGAACCAACCUUUCUGAGAACCAUCCUGCGUUUGCAACACCUAGUCUCUUUACUGAUAACCCCACCUACGAAGACAUGAUUCUCCUUUCGUCGCUUCUUGGACCCGCGAAGCCACCGGUUGCCACCCAGGAUGACAUCAACCUUGCUGGAGGACUAUAUCGACUUGUAGAGCUUGCGGGAUCGCUCGUCGCAGAGGCUUUGGAUGGCGCUGGCGCGAUUCAAAUCCCCGAUGGCGAACGUUGUCUGAUUUGUCUCAGUGACUACGAAGCCACAGAAGAGCUCAGGCAAUUGACAAAGUGCAAGCACGUCUUUCAUCGUGAUUGCAUUGAUCAGUGGUUGACCACGGGUCGAAAUUCUUGCCCUCUCUGUAGAGGCCAGGGUGUGAUCGAGACGACGAACAACACACCAGUGCCUGACACGCAAAAUGCAGCGGCUGCUUAA